UCUCUCUUUCCUCUGGUCUCGUCGAGUUCCAAAGAAACCAUGCGAUGCGGCCGCGACUUCCCGCCACCAAACUCAAACCGGCCGCCGCACCACCACGCCGCCCGCCUCCUCCUCCUCCGGCAACCGCCCGCGCCCUCUCCACCGCCGCGCCACCUUCCGACGCAUGCCACCUCCAGCAGCAGCAGCUCGAUGACCACAUCGCCCGGGGCGACCUCACGCGUGCCCGGCACCUGUUCGACCGAAUGCCGGACCCGGACGCCCGCGCAUACAACGCCCUCAUCCGGGACUACUCCUGGCGCGGCCCCGCCCACGCCGCCGGCGCGCUCGCCCUCUACGCCGCCAUGCUCCACGACGCCCGCUGCCCACCCAACAAGUACACCUUCCCCUUCGUCCUCAAGGCCUGCUCUGCCCUCCAGGACCUCCGCGCGGGCCGCGCCAUCCACCGCCACGCCGCCCGCGCGGGCCUCCACGCCGACCUCUUCGUGUGCACUGCCCUCAUCGACCUCUACAUGAAGUGCGCCCGCUUCGGCCCUGCCGCCGCCGUCUUCCACGCCAUGCCCGCCAGGGACGCCGUCGCGUGGAACGCCAUGCUCGCUGGCUACGCGCUGCACGGCAUGUAUCACCACGCGCUCGAGUGCCUCCUCCGCAUGCAGGAGGGCUGCGCCAGCCUCAGGCCCAAUGCCUCCACACUCGUCGCCCUCCUCCCACUGCUCGCCCAGCAGAGCGCGCUCUGUCAAGGAAAGUCGGUGCAUGCCUACAGCAUCCGUGCCUCUCUCCACGACAAGGACGGGGUGCUUGUUGGCACCGCGCUGCUGGACAUGUACGCAAAAUGCGGGGAAUUGCUCUACGCACGCAGGGUCUUCGAGGCCAUGCCCAUGAGGAAUGAUGUUACUUGGAGCGCCAUCAUCGGAGGCUUUGUGGUGUGCGGCAGGAUGACAGGGGCCUUCGGUCUGUUCAAGGACAUGCUGGCACAAGGACUGGGCUUCCUUUCCCCAACCUCCGUCGCCAGCGCUCUCAGAGCUUGCGCCAGCCUGGCCGAUCUCCACAUCGGUAAACAGCUUCAUGUUUUGCUUGCAAAAUCUGGCCUCCACUCUGACCUGACCGCCGGGAACUCGCUCCUCUCGAUGUAUGCCAAGGCUGGGUUGAUCGACGAAGCUACUGCCCUUUUUGAUGAGAUGGCGGCCAAGGACACGGUCUCUUACAGUGCACUCGUAUCAGGGUAUGUGCAGAAUGGUAUGGCGGAUGCAGCGUUUCUCGUCUUCAGGAAGAUGCAGGCCUGCAACGUACAGCCGGAUGUUGCCACAAUGGUGUCACUCAUCCCAGCGUGUGCACACCUGGCGGCUUUGCAGCAUGGCAAAUGCAGCCAUGGUUCCGUCAUAGUUCGUGGAAUGGCACCAGAAACCUCUAUCUGCAAUGCCUUGAUGGAUAUGUAUGCAAAGUGUGGAAGGAUUGAUCUCUCCAGACAGAUCUUUGAUGUCAUGCCAGCUCGGGAUAUUGUGUCAUGGAAUACUAUGAUUGCGGGAUACGGAAUCCAUGGGCUCGGGAAGGAAGCCACUGCGCUGUUCUUGGACAUGAAGAAUCACGCCUGUGAACCUGAUGGCGUCACAUUCAUCUGCCUAAUUUCAGCAUGCAGCCAUUCCGGGCUCGUGACUGAAGGGAAACGCUGGUUUCACAUGAUGGCACAGAAGUAUGGUAUAACUCCAAGGAUGGAGCACUAUAUCAGCAUGGUUGAUCUUUUGGCGAGGGGGGGUUUCCUUGAUGAAGCCUAUCAGUUUAUCCAGACCAUGCCAAUGAAAGCAGACGUUCGUGUAUGGGGAGCCUUGCUUGCAGCUUGCCGGGUUCAUAAGAACAUCGAUUUAGGAAAGCAAGUGGCUAGGAUGAUCCAGAAACUAGGACCUGAGGGGACUGGCAACUUUGUUCUGUUGUCCAACAUAUUCAGCGCUGCCGGGAGAUUUGACGAGGCAGCAGAAGUUCGAAUAAUACAGAAGGAGAAGGGGUUCAACAAGAGCCCUGGCUGCAGUUGGAUUGAGAUAAAUGGCUCUCUGCAUGCAUUUAUUGGCGGGGACAGAUCUCAUCCACGGUCACCUGAGAUAUAUCAAGAGCUGGAUAACAUCCUGGUAGAUAUUAAUAAAUUGGGUUACCAGGCUGAUACAAGUUUUGUUCUGCAAGAUCUUGAGGAAGAGGAAAAGGAGAAGGCACUUCUUUAUCACAGUGAAAAGCUAGCAAUAGCUUUUGGUGUCCUCACACUUAGUGAAGAUAAGACCAUUUUUGUUACGAAGAAUCUCCGUGUGUGUGGAGAUUGCCAUACUGUUAUCAAGUACAUGAGCUUAGUCAGGAGAAGGGAUAUAAUCGUCAGAGAUGCCAAUAGGUUUCAUCAUUUCAAGAAUGGGCAAUGUAGCUGUGGAGAUUUUUGGUGACAGCAAUACUACAGUCUGGUACAUGACCUCUCAGUUUUGUCUUGUAUCAGUCAUUCAGUUGCAUGCCUUGAAUAGUGGAGCAUUUAGAACUUCAACAGAAUGCCCUUUGAGGUUCCAAGUUUCUACGUUCCUGCAAGUUUUGCCCUCACAAAGGGUUAUGCAAAGUGAUGGUGUCAUGAAGUCAAAAUGAAAAUCCCAAGGCAUGUAAAGGUCACAGGAAACUAUUGACAAUGUUACAAAGGAUUUGGUACGCAAUUAAAGCUAGAAUGACACAAAUAGAACUUGCAUUUCCAGUAGAAAUCCCAGAGGUACAUGCUUAGUAUCAUCAGUUGUAAAAUUCUGAACUAUCAGAUAGUCCAUUUGAUGAAAUGAAAUGGUGUCUCAAGGA